GGGUGGCCUGUGACUGUAAAUGUGAUUCUCAAGAGACCAACCAGAGCAACUGUAAACCAAGAGGGGGGAAAAGAAGAUCCAGCUUGUCUCACUGUAAAUCCAAACACCCCAUGGACACCAGGGUUUCACCGCAACGCUAAACCUCUAAACACACACCUCACCCACUGGGCGUCAUGUCGACCGGCCCUGGCCUCGGUGGUGCGCCUGACCGGGCCGAGGGCCCCCAGACCACAGGACCUGUUGGGCUCCAGACCCUGUUGGAUCUAUUGGUGGGCGUCUAUCAGGAGUUCUACUCCUCACACUUUGCAAGGGAGAAGUAUGUCUCCGGUUUCCUGCAGUGGGCUGAGCCCUUAGUGAGGCAGGUGAAGAAGACUCGCAUCAAAAGGGAAGACUUUCACAUCCUGAAGGUGAUUGGCCGAGGCACAUUCAGUGAGGUUGCUGUAGCGAGGAUGCGGAGUACACAACAAGUGUACGCCCUGAAGAUUAUGAAUAAGUGGGACAUGCUGAGGAGAGGAGAGACAGCAUGUUACCAGGAGGAGAGGGAGGUUUUACUGAAGGGUGACAGACGCUGGAUCACAGAAUUGCACUAUGCCUUUCAGGACGACAACUAUCUGUACCUGGUGAUGGAUUACUAUGUAGGGGGCGACCUACUGACUCUGCUCAGUAAAUUCGGAGACAGGAUCCCUGAGGACAUGGCUCAAUUCUACCUGGCUGAGAUGGUCAUGGCCAUUGACUCUGUCCACAGACUGGGUUACGUUCACAGAGACAUCAAACCUGACAACAUCCUGCUGACAGCUGACGGACACAUCAGACUCGGGGACUUUGGUUCUUGUCUGAGGCUCCUAGAGGACGGGAUGGUGCACUCGUCCCUAGCAGUCGGGACCCCUGACUAUUUGUCUCCAGAGAUUUUAAGAGCAGUGGAGGGAGGUGGAGGUUAUGGACCUGAAUGUGACUGGUGGGCUUUGGGUAUCUGUGCCUAUGAAAUGCUGCUGGGGAGCACACCCUUCUAUGCAGAGUCCAUCUCCGAAACAUAUGCUAAGAUCAUCCACUUUCAGGAGUAUUUCGAGUUCCCUCCCUCUGGCCCGGAGAUUUCAGACCAGGCUCGUUCCUUCAUCACUGGACUCAUCUGUGAGAGGGAAAUCCGUUUGGGGAGGAAGGGCUCCAGUGACUUCAGGAGCCACCUGUUUUUCAGCGGACUAGACUGGGGCUCCCUACAUAAACACACUGCACCCUUCCUGCCUGAAGUGUCAAAUCCAACUGACACGUCUAACUUUGACAUUCUGGAUGACUGUCUUAGUGAAAUGGAGACACUGUCUGAUGUAAUGGACAGAGCACCAAUAGGAGUCCACUUGGCUUUUGUUGGAUAUUCUUAUACUGCUACCAGUCAGACGGGUGCCAUCGACCGCAGUCAAGACAUCAUGAUGCAGAUUGACCACACAAGGCUUGGGGAGAGUGAGAAUCUGUACACACCAGAACAACUGAACCAGCUGUUGCAUCUCACAGAUGCUCUACCAGACAACCUACCUGCGCUGCUGGAGCUCCCACUGACUCUGGAACAAGGUUGCACUGCAUCUGGCCACACCACCACUGAGGAAGAGGAGGAGACUGAUGAAAUAUCAGGACUCGAUGAGGACUUACAGCGCAGGUUACAAGAAGCAGAGAGGAGAUACUGUGAGCUGGAGAAAGAAAUGGAGAGACUGAAGGGGGAGAUGCAGGACUGCAGAGCCCCCAAGGAAACAGUCCCAGAGCUGAGUAUCUGUCCAGCAUCUCUUGCUCUGCCUGCCCACUGUGUGGACGCACCAGGGGAUAGGAGGAGAGCGCCCCCAGCCUGCCAUUACCCGCUAGUGAUCCCUCUCAACCGUCACCUGCUCCUGUUCCACAGGAUUCACCUGCCACAGGUGACGAGUGAGUCAUACCUGCUGGUGUGUGCAGUAGGGGGGGAGGUCCAAGCCUGGGAGAGACACUGUUAUACUGAGCUCUCCUGAGCGCACGCUGAGGUGGCACCUGCUGACUUCUCCCAUCACAACAGGACAAAGGACUGAGCCCCUGCUCCAUGCUCACUCCCUGGCCCCUCUCCUCAGCCUCUUCACCAAGAAGAAGGGAAGGCUGAAAGGCUGCAAUGCUCCUAAUGAGAACUAGUGCUGGAGGAGAUUUGAAGAAAAAAUGAAGUUUUCCAGCUCAUGCGAUGAGAAAGGCAAUUCAGACUGCUGGGGAGCUAAUGAGGAAGAAAUGAUGAGGACAUUUUUCUGACCUACCUUGCCUGCUUGCCAGACUGAGAGUCACGACAGAGAUGCACUGAGUUCAGAACACACUGACUCAAAGACUCAAAAAACGGAAUAUAAAGAGAUCCUAAAAUGCUUUGCACAGAUAGAAUCAGGAGAUUUAGAGCUUUCAAACAAUGCGUAAUGUGUGUGAAGACUGAGUCUGGUACAGAUCAGAACACACCUAAAGUGGCGUUCACUCCAUGAGUAUACUACAUUCAGGCAUUUUCGAUUAUAUGGGUGCAUUUACAGUGGCUUCAGACCAAGAUCAAGUCUAUAGACCCCUUCACUUUUUGCAAACGUCACUGUGUUGUAGAUUUAAACCACUCAUAAUGACAAAGUGAAAC